AUGGCGACUAUGGUGCCUGGCCGAAAGGCGCCGCAGCGCGCGAGUAACAAAGGCAACAGCACCGGAGUGGUGCCGUUGACCAAGUCUGAAGUCAUCAGGGUCACUUCUGCAGAAGCACAGCUUGAGCCUUUCCAAGAUGAAAAGUUGGAGAUCUACUGCCGAGAGCAUGAUGAUAUUGCUGCCUCCUUUCAGGAGGCUCGCGAGGGACGAGGUGUGCUCGCCAAGCUGUAUGAUCAGAGAAACAAAGAGAUCCUGGAUCGGCUGGUGGCGAUGAGAAGCAAAUCGGACAAAGAAGCGAAGAUGAAUUUGGAUCAGCUGAAGGACUUCUGCAAAGAAUUUGUGGACACCGUGGCAGAACGGAAAAAAGCCUGGAAGCAGAAAUUUGUCGGUUCCUGA